UUCUGUGGCACAACAUCUCUGUUCUGCGGUGAUGGCUGUAUCGAUGGCUGCACCAAAGUCAAGCAGCCAUCGGGCAAAAGCACAAGCGCCCGCGCAAAGACUAUUGGUUACUACGAAAGCUGGUCAUAUGCACGGUCUUGCGAUUCCGUUGCGCCGGAGGACAUUAACCCAACCAUGUGGACGCACAUCAAUUAUGCCUUCGCACUCAUCAACCCGAGCAAUUUCAAGAUUGCGAAUAUGAACCAAUACGACGAUCUCCUUUACCCCAAAGUCAUCGGCCUCAAACUACAAGCCCCUGGCCUCAAGGUUUUCAUCGUUGUGGGAGGUUGGGAUGCUGGAGGGAAGGUCUUCUCCGACAUGGUCUCCACCACAUCGAACCGCAAAGCCUUUAUCGACUCAACAAUACAGUUCUGUAAGACACAUGGAUUUAAUGGUAUUGACAUAGACAGGGAAUAUCCAGUUGCGUCGGAUCGCGGAGCUUCCAAGUCUGACUUCUCCAACUUUGCCACACUCAUGAAGGAGCUCAAGUCCGCGGCGGGCAAACUGGGCGUUUCCCCAAGGCUUCCAAGCAGUUAUUGGUAUCUGAAAGGCUUUGACAUAGUCAACCUUGAACCGAAUGUUCACUGGUCCAAUUUCAUGAGUUACGGCAUCUAUGGAACUUGGGAUGGUAACAAUCCGUUCACCCAAGCUGUUGUCAAUCCGCACACAAGUAUCACUGAAAUAUCCGCUGGUCUGGAUCUGCUGUGGCGUCGAAACAACAUCCCAAGCGGCAAGGGUGUGCUUGGCCUAGGCUUAUAUGCUCUCUCAUUUACGCUGAAUGAUCCAUCUUGCAAGAAGCCAGCCUGCGCUUUUGCAUCUGGCGCAAAGCCAGGUGAAUGCACGUACACUUCCGGCGUGCUAUCAAAUGCCGAGAUCCAACGAAUCAUCGAUAAGAAGAAGCUCACUCUAGUCUUCGAUCAGAAAGCGGGUGUCAAGUGGGUUGUCUGGGACAAUGACCAGUGGGUGUCUUAUGAUGACGCAGAUGCCUUCAAGAUCAAGAUGGACUGGACAAAUAAGCUUAGCCUCGGUGGUGUUAGUGAGUUUUACCACGCUUUCAUCGAUGCAACAUUAAAUUACUUACAUCAGGACAGUGGUAUGGUCACUGGAUCUGGACAAUCAAGACUCUCAAUCGGCGCAGUAUCUCAACUCGGGGGGGGCGACAUGGCCGACACCAACGGCUUCUCAAGACAGAAGAUGGUGGCCGACUCGAAGCAAGCGUAUACUGGGAAGCUGGCAUACUGGACACCUUGCAUGUCUGAGAAGCAGCGGAAAGACACAGGCUGCCCCCUGGAUACCACGAGAUUCUUGUCGGUCACGGGAAGACGUUUGAUUCCGAAGCGUUUGAACAAUCCACAGGUUGUCACGGCAAGGAUAAUAGACUGCUCUGCUUUAAUAACGAACUAGUGGGGAAGAAUUGCAACUGGAACUGAAACUCAGAUGGG